AGGAAAAGGGAAAACGUGCAUUCUUCAAACCCACUUUUUUACUACGGUGAGCUGGAUGAGCCACCUCUCCGCAUUCGGUCUAAUUUAUUUCUCUUCAUUUACCGCGUUACUCGCUGGAAAUCAUUUAUCGGUGCGCGCUUCGUGCAUCAACGACAACAGCAUCACAGAGGCAGAGCAAAGAGAAAAACAAAACGCCUGUGGAGGCGCGUUAUCUUCAGCAACACCCUUAAAGAACCUUCAAACUCAAAGAUCAGGAAAGGUAAUAAUAAUAAAGAAACGAUGAGCGGUGCAUUCUCCGUACCUGUCUCUCCAUCCGCCACCCAAAGCUCCAACUUGCUGCAGUACCGUGCGUUGUUUCAAGUCUUCACCUAUGCGCGUGUGAAGAAGCAGUCGGCGGAGCCCCUGGCGCGGGAUGCCAUGACGGGCGGGGUAGUGGUGCCUUUUGUCCUCCCCUUCCGCACCGCGACCUCCGAAACACCCUACGCUGCCGUGGCCACGCCUUCUGCACAGCAAACCAAAUUGACAGCCAGUCAGUCACAGCCGCAGACCAUAACGGGCGAAGGAGAGUACGGUCAUGUGUUGCUCCUCCCUUCCUCAAAAUGUAUCAGCACACUAGCGACACUGUUGGCAGACGGCUUCUUCAACAUGUCACCUCUGUCGUCCACCGUCGAGAAGGUGCACGGCGCACCGCACCAGCACCGGUCCGAGUGCGAGGCGCGUGAUCUUUUCACCCUGAUCGAGCUUCUCUAUCCGGACUGCUUUGUGGCGGAGGCCCUUCCCCGUGCGCUGCUGGCGCUACGCCGCGCGGAGUCGACCACGCCGCGUGCGUGGCAAAGCAGUUACUCAGCGACGCGUGCGGUCAGCCCUUCCAAUUCUCCUCAAGCGGCUGUUUCGUUGUCGCGUGGUUGGAAAAGCCCGCCGGCGCAGGACGCACGUAACGGCGAUGACGGCUUCGGUGGAGAAGAGGUAGCAGAGCCUGCACAAUGUCUUCUGCCCUCCACCGAUCCUCCGAGUAGCUUUCUCGUGGAGUCUCGCAGCGGAUUGCCCGUGCCGCUCGCUGACGUGCACUCACCCACGAAGUCUUCCGUGUCAGAGCUGACGCUGGACCCUGCCCAUCUGGCCAACUCGAGUGUUGCACCGGGAGCAGCAGUCCUGGCCGGCAUGAUGGUGCCCGAGGUGGACCCUGUGCCUCUGGCUGUAGAAGGCAUGAACGAUCUCCUGGCGUGUCGUCGAUCACUUGCCACGGUGCUCCUCUCAUCCCUCAACGAGGCCUUGCACGACGUGCAGUACCGCGAGCUUGAGCGUUCGCGGCCCACAGCGAAGGAAAGGGCAGUUCCACAGUCGUCCAGCGAGGCGGUUGCGCUGCGCAUCUCGAGCGAAGUUCUCUUGACGGCAAAGAUGUUGUUGAUGAGCGUCAUGGCAGCCUCGGAGGUGUGGCGCCGGCGGGCAGUGAAGGCGUAUACAGACGCGGAGAAGAGCAACGAGGCAACUCCCGUGUCUCAGCUGCCGUCUCCGUAUCUAGUUCUGCAUGAACUGUUUGAACAAGACGAAUCCAUCGCAGCACAGUUUACGGCAAUCCCCGUCGAGGAGUGGACGUGGGGUCGAGACAAGGAGAGCACUGCGCGGUGGUACGAUCAGACCUUGGACCGCCUUCUGCAAUCAACAGAGGCGGCGGGUGUCCACCUCGACGCGUUCCUGCAGUCCUCCAAAACCUUCUCCACACAGCAAGGGGAAGCCGUCUCGCACGCCCCCACUCUUCUUCUUCAUCGCCCCUCCGAUGGGCGACCCGCGGUGGAACUCAAUUUGUCGUUCAUGGACACUCUCAACUGCGCCGUGCCACUGCCAGCGAUGCCGCUGCAGCUGGGCGAGGUGCAGCUGCUUCUGCACCCCCGCGUGGUGCGCGAAACGAAGGCGGGCGUGACUGUCUCGUCGCGCGGACACGAGCUGCUCUUCGACGCUGCCGCCAGCCCCACCGCGGACUUUCUUCAGUCCUGUGUGUCCUCUCCGUGUCCGUGGACGAUGUUGCAGGAGUCAGGCGGCGAGCUGCCGGCGCACUUCCGGCACCGCUUUCACGAGUUUUCGCCAAGCGAGCGAAAUAUGAUCAAGACGUUUCUUGAAGACUCGCAUCUGCUUGGCGCAUUCCUGGAGAAAAACGCACCGAUGCUUGCGCGAGUCACGCUCUGGUGUGACGGGCAGUGGCCAACGUCAACCGCCGUGUCACGUAGUGGCAACACGGAUCUAGGAGGAGAUGCGUCUGCCGUUGUGGAGGCUGCGGCUACGAGCGGUGGUGGCAGCGAUCUGGCAGCGGAGAUCAAAGAUGCCGUGAUGUUUCGCCGGCCGUUCAACGCCGCUGUCGGACGGUAUGUACGCGAAAUGGUGGUGCUGAACGGCUUCGACCAAGAUACGCUGGAGCGUUGGAUCUGCCACAUUUGCCGCAACGUCGCCUGUGAUGACGCCUUCCCCGCCCACAAGGCGGUGUUCGCGGCGCUGGUGAAGUUUGCGGCACUGCAAUGCAAGUGGACAUGGACGUCUGCGGUGGAUGAACUGCAAAAGCAGUAUUUGCCGUGA